AUGAUCCUCACGUUCGCAUUGACCGUACUUGCAAUAGCCCUUUCAGCAACUUUUCUCAGUUUCAAAUGGACGAAAAUCAAUGUGGGUGAAGAUACCAAGCUGCUCAAGCUUCCCCUCAUCGGAGAUUUGCACAGUUCUCCUCUGAGCAAGCCAUUGCAGAACUGGGACUCCUGGGCGGAGGCAAAUGGCCCUGUGGCAAUAUCGAAGCUUUUUGGGAUCAUCCCUGUUGUUGUCUUGAACUCCUAUGACGCAGUGACUGAGUUGUUCAGUCGUCGCAGCCAGUGGUACAGCAACCGGCCGGCGUCGGUGAGCAUGGAAAUGAUCACAGACGACAAACCGGGAAAGUCCAAGUUUACUCUCAUGCAUGACUACGAUGAGCAUCUGAAACUGCACCAUCGAAUCCUGGCACCCAGUCUUGGUGCGCUUGGGUCCCCGCGAUAUCGGCCAUUGAUAGCACUUGAGUCUAAACAACUUUUGUUUGACUUGUUGACUGCGGCGCGGACAUCACCUGGAGGAAUCAGUACGCAUUCCAUCUUCCCACUUCUGGAACGCACCCAGGCGAGCAUUAUUCUGUCACUUCAUUAUGGCCUGCGCAUUCCCGACUGCGAAGACAAGAUGAUGCACGAGAUUAUCAAUAUUCAGACACAGAUCACUCAUGUUGCAGCGACUCCCAGAUUCCCGGAUCUCAUUCCAGCUCUGCGCCAUGUGCCAGCAUUGCUGUCACCUUGGAAGCGUGCUGCUGACAAGCUAUACGCAGCCCAAGUUGACCUCUAUAUGCGCCUUUUCAAUCACGGAAGGCAAUCGCCAGGCUGGAACUCGACGAAACAAGCAAUCGCCACGGCGGAAAACUUCGCCGUCAAUAAGGUGCCGGACAUUGAUAUAGCCUUCAAUAUGGCCACAUCUGUUCAAGGCGGAAUGGAGACAUUCCCAAGGCAACUGCUAUGGCUGUUCACUGCAGCAUUGCACAAUCCGUCUUUUGUAACACGUGCACAUACUGUGCUCGAUGAGGUUGUUGGUCACGACCGGAUGCCGCGGUUUUCGGAUCGAGCAGAGCUCAAGUUCAUUGAUGCGAUCGCAAACGAAAUUUUGCGAUGGCGCCCAAUCGCACCGGGGGCCAUUCCACGCCGGGCAGAUCGUGACGAUGAGCUUGAUGGCAUUAAGAUCAAGAAAGGUGUCACAAUCAUGGCAAAUGCCUGGGCCAUCGGCCGCGACGCAAAGGUUUUUGAUCCCGCGCUCGGGGGUCUUGACGACUUUGUGCCCGAGAGAUGGUUGAGAGUUGAUGGCAAUGGGGAGGAAAAACUGAUGACAGAGCUCCCGUUGCCUGUUUUUGGACAGGGCCGGCGCAUGUGUCAAGGCAAGCGGGUUGCAAUGGAUGGACUAUAUAUGAAAAUUGCGUCAAUACUCUGGCAUUCGAUAUCCAACCUAUGA